AAGGGCGGAAGUGGGUGGGACAGGGACGGGAGCUCAGAGGGCACACAGACAAGAUACUGGGGAGUGGGAGCCGCAGGGCCGAAGCGAUGAUCCCCCCGCAGGAGGCGUCCGCCCGGCGCCGGGAAAUCGAGGACAAACUGAAGCAGGAGGAGGAGACGCUGUCCUUCAUCCGAGACAGCCUGGAGAAGAGCGACCAGCUCACCAAGAACAUGGUGUCUAUCCUCUCGUCCUUUGAGAGCCGCCUUAUGAAGCUGGAGAACUCCAUCAUCCCUGUGCACAAGCAAACAGAGAACCUGCAGCGGCUGCAGGAGAAUGUCGAGAAAACUCUAUCCUGCUUGGACCACGUCAUCAGCUACUACCAUGUGGCCAGUGACACUGAGAAGAUCAUCAGGGAGGGCCCCACAGGCAGGCUGGAAGAGUACCUGGGAAGUAUGGCCAAGAUUCAGAAGGCUGUGGAGUAUUUCCAGGACAACAGCCCAGACAGCCCAGAGCUCAACAAAGUGAAGCUGCUGUUUGAGCGGGGGAAGGAGUCGCUGGAGUCUGAGUUCCGCAGCCUGAUGACCCGGCACAGUAAGGUCGUCUCCCCGGUGCUCAUCCUGGAUCUGAUCAGUGGCGAGGACGAGCUGGAGGUCCAGGAGGACGUGCCCCUGGAGCACCUGCCUGAGAGCGUGCUCCAGGACGUGAUCCGCAUCUCCCGCUGGCUGGUGGAAUACGGCCGCAACCAAGAUUUCAUGAACGUCUACUACCAGAUUCGCUCUAGCCAGCUGGACCGCUCCAUCAAAGGCCUGAAGGAGCAUUUCCGGAAGAGCAGUUCCUCCUCUGGCGUUCCUUACUCCCCUGCUAUCCCCAACAAGAGGAAGGACACGCCCACCAAGAAGCCUGUCAAGAGGCCAGGGACGAUCCGUAAGGCUCAGAAUCUUCUGAAACAGUAUUCCCAGCAUGGUCUAGAUGGGAAAAAGGGGGGCUCUAACCUCAUUCCUCUGGAAGGGCUUCUUCCCAGUCCCCUGAGGGGCAGCCCACCCGGCCCCUGGAUAAACGCUGCUUGUGUUUGUGCGGCCGACGUCUCGCUAGGUCACGAGCAUGAUUACCGAGUUAAGCACCUGUCCGAGGCCCUGAACGACAAGCACGGGCCACUGGCUGGGAGAGAUGACAUGCUCGACGUGGAGACCGAUGCCUACAUUCACUGCGUCAGUGCCUUCGUCAAGCUGGCCCAGAGCGAGUAUCAGCUGCUGACGGACGUCAUCCCUGAGCACCAUCAGAAAAAGACUUUUGACUCCCUGAUACAGGAUGCGCUGGAUGGGCUGAUGCUUGAGGGGGAGAACAUCGUGUCCGCCGCCCGGAAGGCCAUCGUUCGACAUGACUUCUCUGCGGUGCUCACUGUCUUCCCCAUCCUGCGGCAUCUCAAGCAGACCAAGCCUGAGUUUGACCAGGUGCUCCAGGGCACGGCCGCCAGCACCAAGAACAAGCUGCCCAGCCUCAUCACUUCCAUGGAGACCGUUGGAGCCAAAGCGCUGGAGGACUUCGCUGACAACAUCAAGAAUGACCCAGACAAGGAAUACAACAUGCCCAAGGAUGGCACUGUACACGAACUCACAAGCAAUGCCAUCCUCUUCCUGCAGCAGCUCCUGGACUUCCAGGAGACGGCGGGCGCCAUGCUGGCCUCCCAAGAGACCAGUUCUUCAGCCACCAGCUACAGCUCCGAGUUCAGCAAGCGCCUCCUGAGCACCUAUAUCUGUAAAGUCCUGGGCAACUUGCAGUUGAACUUGCUGAGCAAGUCCAAGGUUUAUGAGGACCCUGCUCUGAGCGCCAUCUUCCUGCACAACAACUACAAUUACAUCCUCAAGGCCUUGGAGAAGUCUGAGCUGAUCCAGCUGGUGGCUGUGACCCAGAAGACUGCGGAGCGCUCCUACCGGGAGCACAUCGAGCACCAGAUCCAGACCUACCAGCGCAGUUGGUUAAAGGUGACUGACUACAUCGCUGAGAAGAAUCUACCUGUAUUCCAACCGGGAGUCAAGCUCCGAGACAAGGAGCGGCAGAUGAUCAAGGAACGUUUUAAGGGCUUCAAUGAUGGCCUUGAAGAAUUGUGCAAGAUCCAGAAGGCUUGGGCCAUUCCCGACACAGAGCAGAGGGACAAGAUUCGCCAAGCUCAGAAAAACAUUGUCAAGGAGACCUACGGGGCCUUUCUGCACAGGUAUGGCAGCGUGCCCUUCACCAAGAACCCGGAGAAGUACAUCAAGUACCGUGUGGAGCAGGUGGGCGACAUGAUUGAGCGCCUCUUUGAUACCUCCGCCUGAGCCUGCUGAUGCCCCUGCCUGGUUUCACCAGAUCAGCCACGUUAUUGGACAAAUAAACCAGUGUUAACUUGUG